CACGAGGCCAGAUGGACAAACCUACGCCUUUGGCUUCAUUUGGGUUGUUUGUUCUUUUUUGUGUCUGAAGUAUAAAGGCCCCCGACCUCUUGAAUCUCGAUAUUCUCCCCGUUCACUCAACUCAACCCACUCUCUGAGCCUUGGCUAGGUAUCUCUGGUGCUAGGUUUUAGUUGAUUAGUGAAUCACUUAUCAACACCUCUCUCUCCACUUGUCAUUUCACCCGGUUGUUGCCACUUAACCGCGCUCGACAGGAGUUGUUUUUGUUAAUUCUCUUUCAUUGGACGUCGGUCAAUCAAUCGCACCUCCUCCCCCCUCGUUACAGUUCUCCUCCCUUUACACCUAGGCAGCGCCUGAGACUCGUAUCACCCAUUUCUCUCUCAACAUCCACCCACCCACGCACCCGCAUACCAAUCAGUCACUCCCGCCACAACUCCCCGACCAACCGACAAUGCAGCCAGUCAGACCGAAGAUGAAGAAAAUGAUAUUAGCAGGUUUCGUAGCAUGCAUGUCGUUAUUCGGUUCAUCAUCCGGAGCACCCGUACCCCGUCACCGUGCGAGGCAUCCAGCGGAAUCAACUACAGCAUCUCUACCAGCUUCCUCCCCCUCGUCCACGACGACGACGACAACGCGUUCAGAAGCAGCAAACGGACAUACCACCUCUUCUCGUAAUCCCUCUUCUUCUUCUCCUCCUUCUUCUCGAGGAUCCCCCACGGCAUCCCCACCCCGUCCGUCAUCGUUCAGCCUGGGACUGAACUUGGGCCAGUUCGAUUAUGCAGCGGCGGGGAUCGCGCGCCGCGUGUCGAGGGUAUUCGUGAAGAGGAUGAGUGCGGGGAGUUCGAGGAGUAUGGGGAGUGCGAGGAGUACCCAGGUUGUGCAGAAGGGAGGUGGGGAGGAGGGAGAUAGGACUGCGACGGGGGCGAUGACGACGAAUUUGGUACCUGUUGUUGAAGCCGGAUCGGCGAGUUCAUUGAACUUUGUGGACGAGGAGGAGGAGGAGAGAGGACGUGCACCUGUACCUAUACCGGUGCAUGGACCCCGUGCCGCGGGUCAACUGGACAACGAAGGACAUGAACCCGGGAUGCUGCGGUCAACUAAAGAAUCCGAAUCUGAAUCUGGAGAGAUGGUUACGCCUGAUAUCAGGGCGUGCCGCUGGGGGUGUAUCUGAUCAUUCCUCUCUGCAUUAUCUCGGGAUUGAUUUGGAACUAGUCACUAGAUCCCAGUUCCUGCGUUCUGUUCUGUCUUGGUUUUCUAAUCACAUUUUUUCAAUUACGACGCUACGACUUUCGUUUUUUUAUAAUGAUGCUGCUCUGGGAGUAGUGAAUUACGGCCUUUCUUUCCCUUCUUUUCGUUGCAUCUACAUACACAUAUCUUACACUACACGACAUCUUUCAUCCUUAUAUUUUGUCUGUACUUUUCAUCAUUCAGAUUACUUACAUCGAACAUUUGAUUGUACACAUUCAAGUAUUCACUGGGGCCGCCGCAGAAUUUCCCGAGCGGGAAAUUUUUGGCUAACAAAGCCAUUUAACAUAACAAUAUGUUUCUCCUAUAUCAGCCUCAAAUAGCUAAUCUUUCCCAAAUGAGAAAUG